GUGGCAUUAGCAGGCAAUGCAGCCAAAGCGUCGCGUACAGCGCUGACCUCACUGAACGCUGAGCUGAAGCGCAACUACAGGCGCAUUUUCUCAUCAUUCAUCUGCCUCAGCGGUUGGAUGCGCGAUCGGAGAGUCACAUCACCGGGCACAGUGUCAGAAAGAGGAGAUCCCAGCUGAAACAAAUAUGAAAUAACGACAGAAGGGGAAUUUAUAUCUAAAGCGGGUCAGCUACGUGAGUUUUUUCGUCAUCUUUCGUCCUUCGAAAAACUGGAUUAAUUUUAAUUAUGAGUUUAAUAUUGCUCGCUACGUUUUCGCAAAGGAAUGAUUAAAAACUCGUAACUAGAUCUCUCGCGUCAGACCACUUUUAACCACGGGAAUAUGGCAAAAAAUAUUAUAGACGUCCCAAGGGAUGAUUUAAGUAAGAUAUCGGAUGAAGAACUGCUUAAAUGUAGCAAAGAGGAGCUGCUUAGGAGACUCCGGAAAGUGGAUAGUGAAAAGAUGAACUUGAUGGUGGAACACGGGAACAUGAUGAAGGACGUCAACCGGAGAUUACAAGUGCAUCUCCACGAAAUACGGAGCUUGAAGGAGGUCAACCAGAAACUGCAAGAAGACAACCAGGAGCUUAGAGAACUGUGCUGUUUCUUGGAUGAUGAUCGGCAGAAAGGGAAGAAGCUGUCCAGGGAAUGGCAGAGAUUUGGCAGGUACACUGCCAGUGUUAUGUGGAAGGAGGUUGGUAUGUUCCAGCAAAAACUGAAAGACCUAGAAACCAACCAGGAGAGUGUGACGAGAGAGAACGUGGAGCUGAAGGAGAUCAUCCUCAUGUUAGAUGAUGAGAGGAAUGGAGCCGGAUCCAGGAACUCCAUAGACAGCCAAUCCAGUCUGACCAAUCUGAACGGAGGUUCUGCAACUGUGAGGGAUGUUGGAGAUGGGAGCAGUACCUCUAGCACGGGCAGUGCUGGAAGCCCUGAUCACCACCACAGCCAUAUUCUCAAACCUUCAGAGGGAAAGAUAAUGUCUAUCAGGAGGUCUAUGGAUGAUCUAUCAACCAACCAUCUUGUCAGAAGCAUACCGACUGGGCUCAACGAUUCAUCUUCAAGCUACAUCUGCCAACUUGAGACUAAAGUCCGGAUUUUAGAGGAUGACAACAAGCAAUUGUUAUCCCAGCUGACUUAUCUGAGUCGGGAGAGAAACAUGCACAGAUCAAGCACCGCCUACAAGCAAAAACACUCUACAAAAACAGUUCUAAGCAAAUAUGUUGGUGGUUUUUGGUAUUCAUCUUCAAGCUACAUCUGCCAACUUGAGACUAAAGUCCGGAUUUUAGAGGAUGACAACAAGCAAUUGUUAUCCCAGGCUGCUGGCCGACACAUGUCAGCGACCAUUGUGAUUUUUGAUCGUGAUGAAUGUGUGUCCAUCUGUCUACAGGGGUCUGCGCGGAUGCCAGGAGGUGAUCUGCCGGCUGCACAGAAACCAGAGGCUGUUGUCCAUGCCAUGAAAGUAUUAGAAGUCCAUGAAAACCUAGACAGGAAGAUCCCGGAGGACUACGAGGAGGAUCUCAGUGAGAAAGAGAAAGCCAUUGUCAGAGAAAUGUGUAAUGUGGUGUGGCGUAAGCUCGGUGAUGCAGCAGGAUCCAAACCCUCCAUCCGCCAACAUCUCUCUGGGAACCAGUUCAAAGGCCCUUUGUAGCUUCCAUGUCAAUGACCAGCAGGGCCUCGAACAAACAAACAAAUCUGUGAAUAUGACAGGAGGAACAGACAGUCUCAGAACUGGGCAACUUCGGGAAACCACACAAAGAACUUUGCUUCUACUGCCAGCUCCUUUCAGCCCAUGGCAUUCAGUUGAGACAUUUCAAACCUAUUACUUAUGAAGCCAGGUGGUAGUUAAAUACAUAAUAGACUCACAAUUAGCACAAGCUAAAUCAUAGCUCUAUUUAUGUGCGCACCAUCCAAGUAUUCAUACAAGGCAGCUUAAUGGAUUAAUUUCUCGUUCCAGAUAAGGAAUGAAAGCACACAGCUCUUACGCAGAUAAAUACUCCAUGGAGAUACUCCUACAGGAUAGAUCCUUUCCACUCCUAAAAGCUUUUUGAUUUUGGCAUAAGACCACUCCAUAUUAUUCAAAGAUUUUUUUUUUUACCUUUUACACUACCGU